GGGCGCGCGCCGGCGGCCCGGGGAGCUGGCGCGGCCCCGCGCCAUGCGGGACCAGCUGGAGCGGUGCCUUGGCGAGUGGCGGGAGCUGGAGGAGGAGUUCCGGCAGCUCCAGGAAACACACAAAGUUUACAGGCAGAAACUGGAAGAAGUCACUGGCUUGCAGACAGCCUGCAGCAGCUCCAUACACCGGCAGAAGAAGUCACUGAGGGAUCUGAAGCAUAGCCUGCAACGGUGCAAGCCCAGAGCGAGUCCUGAGGAGUUUGCUCUCAUUCAGGAGAUCAGCAGCCAGAUCAAGGAGAGGCAGAAUGCUUUCUUUGACAUGGAAGCCUACCUGCCCAAGAGGAACGGCUUGUACUUAAAUCUGGUGCUGGGAAAUGUGAAUGUCACCCUCCUGAGCAACCAAGCAAAGUUUGCCUACAAGGACGAGUAUGAGAAGUUCAAACUUUAUCUGACAAUAAUCUUAUUACUUGGGGCUGUUGCCUGCAGGUUUUUUCUCCACUACAGGGUGACAGAUGAAGUGUUUAACUUUCUGUUGGUGUGGUAUUACUGUACGCUGACGAUACGGGAAAGCAUUCUCAUUAGCAAUGGCUCAAGGAUCAAAGGCUGGUGGGUGUCUCAUCACUACGUUUCCACGUUCCUGUCUGGAGUGAUGUUAACGUGGCCAGAUGGACUCAUGUAUCAGAUGUUUCGCAGUCAAUUUUUAGCAUUUUCAAUAUUUCAGAGCUGUGUUCAGUUCUUACAGUAUUAUUACCAAAGGGGCUGCCUCUAUAGGCUCCGGGCUUUGGGGGAGAGAAACCACUUGGACCUUACAGUAGAAGGAUUUCAGUCCUGGAUGUGGAGGGGGCUGACAUUUCUCCUUCCCUUCUUGUUCUUCGGGCAUUUCUGGCAGCUAUACAAUGCAAUCACGCUUUUCAGAUUGUCAAGGCACAAGGAAUGCAAAGAAUGGCAGGUUUUUGUCUUGGCUUUCACAUUCCUGCUGCUCUUCCUCGGGAACUUCCUCACUACUCUCAAGGUGGUGCACACUAAACUCCAGAAGAACAAAGACAAGGUGAAGAAGCUGUGACUCCCCCUGUUCCCAGUGUGCAUCCAUCCCUCUGCCCCCAGCAGGGCUGGGUUUGGGACAGAUCCUGCUCCACCCCAGCCAGGCGAUGGAUGGGCUCGGAAGGACUCUCCUGUCCCUGUGUUUGGUGAAGGACUCUGCCAGCACAGACUCAGUAUUAAUGCAAGCAUGGCUCUCCAGUCACACUCCUGCUAUUUAUGUAUAUUUAAUAUAAAAUGUAUUUGCUUCUGGGGGUUUUUGUUCUGUAUAUAGAGCAGCAUGCACCUGCCUGGCAAAGUGCCAGCGUUGAGGAAAAUGUGGGAUCUACUGUAAUUCCAAUUCUGGAAUGAUACCUGACACUUUCCAGUUUUAUUAUUUAAAUUCUGGGUUUUGAAUUUAUUGAGAUUUAUGAACACUCUGGGUGGAUCAGUAAUACAGAGCGAAUGCUGUUUUUUAAGGCAUUUGUUUAAGGCAUAUUCUCAGUGGCAAUACUAACUAUGUGUACUGUGAAAAGAAAAUGCUCAUCUUUGUACCAUACUGCUGCUAUAUACACUUCUAAAAAGCUAUCUAAAGAAGAGAAAUUCCUCCUUUGAAAACAAAAUCAUGCAAGCAAAAGCAGUUUUUAAAUGGCAGGGACGUCUGCUAGCCCUUUUCCAGGGAGACCAGGUCAUUUGUCCAGGCCUGACAGGACCUAAAAUAAACCAUUCAAUAUGCA